AUGCAGAAUCCCCCAUUUGGGUCCCAGACAGACUCAUCAGGCCUUUCUUGGUCCCAAAAAAGAGCCAGGAAGAAAGUGAAAAUACAUCGGGAGAGAAAACUGGUGCAGAAGAUGAAGACAUUCUCUCUAUCACCACCGCAGGCUGAUUCUACAAAAAUCGCUGCACCACCUACGUGGGAACAGAUCAAGAAGUUGUGCGAGGAAGCUCGACACACUGUUGAGAUCACCGGAAAUCAACCCAAUCCGGAAAACAUGUUUUUAGCCAUGCUUGCCCUUGUUUCUUUACAGGUGAAGUACGCUUUUUGUACAAUGUAUUGGGCGUAUGUUCCUGAUCCACCUUUGCUUCACCCCGUGGGUUGGACUCACCCAUCUAACAUAAAAGUACUAAUGAAUGAUACCUCUAUACUAGGGGGCAUUCCAGUGGGGUCAGAAAAGUCUAUGAUCUCCACGUAUCUAGAUUAUGAGGGAAGAUCUGAUGUCAUCCCUAUAUGCUUGGCUUUAAAAGGCCGUGCUCCCUUUGCAUGCUUGCCUGUUCAAUACAGGACCCUUUAUGCUGAUGCACCUGAUAAGACUAACACUGCUUCUAGCAGUAAGAGGGAGAUGUGGGAAUUGAGUUUUCAAAUACUUGGGUAUUUUAAUUACAAUGAGACCUUUGACAAAGAUAACAAUGUUAGCAUGCCUUUUCCAAAUUGUUUAACAACUUACCGGGAUAAAGAUCAAUUUUGGGACAGCAAAACAGAAAAAGAACUUCCAAAAUGGUUGGAUUGUGGAUUUCCACAUUCUGCCUCUGUACAUUGGCCUAGGGGUACUACAGAUUUGGUAUUUGAUUUUUCCAUUGCCAACCCAACUUAUGACUAUAAGAAAUAUUUAAAAGAAAAUGAGAAAGUAAAAUUCACAAGCUAUAAAGCUCCGGUUAGCCCGGAACCGGUAAGGCGUUGGUUCACGCCUGGGUUUGUCACCCCAAUGUGGGUUGCUAAAUCUAGUCAUUAUAGAACCACCAUUACUCAUAAAAAUUUGUUUAGAUUUGCUGCAGCUGCAAAUAUGAUAUUGCUAAAAAAGCCCAAAGCUAACCUACCAGAAUCAAUUGCAUUAAGAGCUUGUUUGUCUUAUCCAUAUGCAGCUUUAAUUGGAAGUGAUAAAAGAAUUAAUAUUACACAAGUAGGGAAUUCCUUUUUAAUUCAAUGUUACUCUUGUCGGUUGACCAACUGUGUUGAUGCUUCCAUAGAUAAAGAAUUUUCAGUAGUAAUUAUUGUAAAAAGACCUGAAUAUGUAAUGCUUCCUGUAAAUUUGCAUAAUGAUCAUUGGUUUGAUAAUUCUGCUUUGCAAACACUUCGUGUUUUGUAUGAAUUAAUACGACCAAAAAGAUUUGUUGCAACAUUGAUCUUUGGAAUUGCUUCCCUUAUAGCAUUAGUAACCUCGCUUGCUGUAUCCACCACUGCACUAAUACAACAAGUGCACACGGUGCAUUUUGUUAAUGAGUUAAAUAAGAAUGUUUCUCUACCAUUAACAGAGCAGUAA